UCUUACUCCCCUCUCGGCACCUACCAGCUCAAAGAGAUAAGACCCAAACUCAUUUCUCUCUUUUCUCUCUAAAAGCGCUGAAACUGAAUGGCUCCAGUUCUAGGCAGAACCGUGGUCGCUGCUUCUUCUCUUGGAUGCUCGCUCCCUUCUCCGUCCCCUUUCACACCCAAACGGGCUUCCCUUAUCACAAGCGCUUUUCUUCCGCCGCAAAACGGCCUCAGAAGGGCCUUCUCUCGUGCUGGCCUCACAUGGAAGCAGCAGCAACGACAGAGGAGCGACAGCUUCACCGUUCGCUGCGAUGCUGCCGUUGCUGAGAAAGAAGAAGCUACUGAUGUUCCUGGUGAAAAAUUUGAGUACCAAGCCGAGGUAGGUUUUCUUCAAAUUCAUUUAAAAAUUGCGCCUCUUUACCACAAGGAAGUGUUCCUUCGUGAACUUGUGAGUAAUGCUAGUGAUGCUUUGGACAAGUUGAGAUUCUUAAGCGUGACCGAGCCUUCUUUGCUUGGAGAUGCUGGAGAACUUGAGAUACGCAUCAAACCUGACCCAGACAAUGGGACAAUUACCAUAACAGAUACUGGCAUUGGAAUGACAAAAGAAGAGCUCAUCGACUGUCUUGGAACAAUUGCGCAGAGUGGCACUUCAAAAUUUUUGAAGGCACUUAAGGAAAAUAAGGAUUUGGGGGCAGAUAAUGGUUUGAUUGGUCAAUUUGGUGUUGGGUUUUACUCUGCUUUUCUUGUUGCUGAGAAGGUUGUUGUUACUACUAAGAGCCCAAGAUCUGAUAAGCAGUAUGUGUGGGAAGCUGACGCUGACAGUAGCUCUUAUGUGAUAAGGGAGGAAACUGAUCCGGAAAAGAUUCUGCGUCGUGGUACACAGAUUACACUCUAUUUGAGAGCAGAUGACAAGUAUGAAUUCUCAGAGCCAACCAGGAUUCAGGGUUUGGUGAAGAAUUACUCACAGUUUGUUUCCUUCCCCAUCUAUACAUGGCAAGAGAAGUCAAGAACUGUGGAGGUAGAAGAGGAAGAAGAGCCCAAAGAAGGGGAAGAACCUAAAGCAGAGGGUGAGAAAAAGAAGACAAAGAAGACAAAGACUGAGAAGUAUUGGGACUGGGAAUUGGCCAAUGAAACAAAGCCAAUAUGGAUGCGGCAGCCUAAGGAAGUCGAAAAGGAAGAGUACAAUGAAUUCUACAAGAAGACUUUUAACGAGUUCUUAGAACCCCUUGCUCAUACUCACUUCACCACUGAGGGUGAAGUUGAGUUCAGAAGUAUUUUGUACGUUCCAGGAAUGGGGCCUCUUAACAAUGAAGAAGUUAUAAAUCCAAAAACGAAAAACAUACGCUUGUAUGUCAAGCGUGUGUUUAUCUCAGAUGAUUUUGAUGGUGAACUGUUUCCACGUUACUUGAGUUUUGUUAAGGGUGUGGUUGAUUCAGAUGACCUUCCACUCAAUGUUUCUCGGGAGAUCCUUCAGGAAAGCAGAAUUGUAAGAAUAAUGAGGAAGAGACUUGUGAGGAAGGCAUUUGAUAUGAUUCAAGACCUUUCUGAAAGGGAAAAUAAAGAGGACUACAAGAAAUUAUGGGAAAACUUUGGUAGAUUUUUGAAGUUGGGAUGCAUUGAAGACAGUGGAAAUCAUAAGCGCUUAACACCAUUGUUGAGGUUUUACACUUCCAAAAGUGAGGAGGAGCUGAAAAGCUUAGAUGAUUAUGUUGAAAACAUGGGCGAAAACCAAAAGGCUAUCUACUAUCUAGCAUCUGACAGUUUGAAAAGUGCCAAGAGUGCUCCAUUUUUGGAGAAAUUGGUUCAAAAAGAUAUUGAGGUUCUUUAUUUGAUUGAACCAAUUGACGAGGUUGCCAUUCAGAACUUACAAACAUACAAAGAAAAGAAAUUUGUUGAUAUCAGCAAAGAAGAUUUGGAAUUGGGUGAUGAGGAUGAGGUGAAGGAGAGGGAAUCCAAGCAAGAAUACAACUUGCUCUGUGAUUGGAUAAAACAGCAGCUUGGCGACAAGGUUGCAAAAGUUCAAGUGUCUAAGCGCUUAAGCUCAUCUCCUUGUGUGCUUGUAUCCGGGAAGUUUGGAUGGUCUGCAAAUAUGGAGAGAUUAAUGAAGGCACAAGCUCUUGGGGACAGUUCAAGUUUGGAGUUUAUGAGGGGGAGGAGAAUAUUGGAGGUUAAUCCAGACCAUCCCAUCAUUAAAGACUUGAAUGCUGCCUGCAAGAAUGCUCCCGACAGUGACGAUGCAAAGAGAGCGGUCGACCUAUUAUAUGACACAGCACUAAUAUCUAGUGGAUUUACUCCGGACAGUCCUGCCGAGUUGGGAGGUAAGAUUUAUGAAAUGAUGGCCCUUGCCCUGGGUGGAAGAUGGGGUAGAGCAGAAGAGGGAGAUGUACCUGUUGAAGCUGAAUCAAGUAGUGACGCUAAUUCAGGCUCGGGUGAAUCUUCAGAGUCAGAAGUUUUUGAACCUUCUGAAGUCAUAGCUGAGAGUGAUCCAUGGACAACUGAUUAGGUUUCCUGCUGGAAUGUCUCCAUAUAUUAAAAAAUUUUGGUGCUAUAGGGAAGUAGGGAACAAUGCAUACAGAAACGGGAGUGGAAAGGGAGAGAUUGUCACAUUGGUAAUUUAGUUGUGUUGAAGGGAAUUUUGCAAUCUUCUGAAACUUUAAAUGGCUUAAUGGAAUGUAUGGUAUACAAUAGGCUUUGGCUUUUGAGGAUGAAUCAGAUCCAGUUUUUAUGGGUGGGAAUACAUAGGAUGUGUCAUGUUUAGUUUAAUGGCACGGAUUAUUUUAAGAAUUUAGUUAAAACUUAAAUGGAAUUGUAUUUAGAUUUACAAUAUUUGGAUGAAAUUGCUUAUGUUUGACACGAA